GCAUUCUCUGGUUUAUUGCACGCGCUGUCACAUCAGUCCCUCCCAAGCCGUUGCAGUAGUCAGAAGUUGCCUGUGUUACAAUGUGUUGUCUUUCAGUUCAGUUCAUGCAAGAAAUGAUAAUUCUAGAUGACCAUAUUAGUUAUUAGAACUGUUUCCCCAUAUGUAGUUUAUCUCUUUCCAUUAUUACUGGUCUGUACCAAAGAUUGUUUAGAAACUCUGUCCGUGUACCUUCUAGGAAACAUCCAUCCACAUGGGGGUGCUGUGAUGUGUUUACGGGCUCACAAACGACUGUUACUAACAGAAGAAUUCAAUACGGAAGUAAAACUGAGAGAGGGUUUGUUUUUUGUAUGUGGACAGCGGCAACUGUUCUUUCCUCGUGGAUAAAGCCAUACCACAGACAAAAGGGGUUAGUUAUCAGUAUCUUUGCCAUACUAGUUGAAUACUCACCUCUCAGUAGACUGAAAAUGUCUACACUACAGAUGUUGCGCGUGUUCUUAAAUGAGCGUUUAACGGCGGCUGCUGUGGAGAUUUUCGGGGCAGUUGAGAAAACGGUAGUGGAGUACCAGGAGGAGAAUGAUCGGCUACGGAGUAUGCUGCGGAUUACACAGGACAUAAAACUAUGCAGAAAAGAGUCCCUUCAGCUCUCUCUUGCUGUCUCUGAAGAGGAGGAUCCCCCUGAGCAGCAGCACUGUGAGCAGGAGUGGAGACCCAGUCUGCAGCAGGAGGACCUAGAACCCACACAGAUUAAAGAGGAACAGGAGGAAUUCUGGACCAAUCAGGAGGAAGAGCAGCUUCAAGGGCAGGAAGCUGAUAUCAUAGAGUUCAAAUUCCCUACACCUUGUGUGAAAAGUAAAUGUGAUCAGGAGAACCCACUUCAGUCUUUUACUCUUCCCCAAACCCAGACAGUGGAGAACAGAGAAAGUAACUCUAAACCAGUGGAUCGCCCCCAUUUUGUCACUGUUACCCACCUAAAGGGUCUCGACAUUCCCUGUGACCCUCCAGAUAAUCAAAACAGUGCCUCCAGCCACAGCUCAGCUGUAAUCAGUGACCCAGUAAGACUUAGGCUGCUGUCACCAUUGCAUCCCAGCCCACCAUUGGAUACCAACCUAUCAAUGGGGGAACACUGUUCCAAACCCAGCACUACGUCUAGUAAAACUCACUACUGUAGUGACUGUGGGAAAACGUUUGCUCUGAAAGCUAACCUGCAGGGGCAUGUGACUCUCGCCAAGAAGACUCUGUCACGUGGAGAAACCCUGCACCUGCCCCGAAGUAUACCUUUAAACUCAAAGGACAUCUUUCCAGGCACAUGAGGAUUCACACAGGAGAGAAACCGUUUGGCUGUAGAGACUGGGAAAAGCUUCAUUCAGAAGGGGGACCUAAUGAGGCAUAUACUGACUAACACAGGAGAGAAAUCAUUUAGCUGUGAUGACUGUGGGAAAAGCUUUAAUCGGAGGGGGCAGCUGAAGGUGCACAUACAGACUCACACAGGAGAGAAACAACAUGGCUGCUUCGUCUGUGGUAAAAGAUUCACUCAUAAGGCUUAUCUACUGAAACAUGUGGAUAAGGUCCACAAAGAAAGAAAACAGGAUGAAAACUGAAAGAAAGUGAAAUAGGACAAAUAUAUUUUGUCAAAAGGCAAAAUAAAUAAAUAAGGCAGGAUGUGGACAACACUCUUAGCAAAGCACCUCUGGACCAAUCUUGCCAUUGUCUUGUGAUGAAUUUACUUUUGUAAAACAUGCUAUGUAAAUAAAGUUUCAUUUUAAUUGAAGGGAGAGGUAAUGAUCAAACAGUGGUAUGCAGUAUUAUGUGAAUCUCACAGGUCUGCUGUUCAAAGUCUGUUGAUGUUUUCACAUGAUUAGAAACAGGAAUAUCUUGUAGUUUGUUUUGGAAUCUUAGGGUGAUGAGAAAAUGGUCUGGUUGAUUACACUUUCCAGAAAAUAUCUCCUUCCAUCUGUCUUUUUGUCAUACAUUUUGACUUAAUGCUGCUCAUUCGUGAUAUUGUUUGAGUCUUUAGGGAAGUAAUGAUUUACAGUCGAUUCCUGAUAAGUGCACUUUGUAUGAGUGAAAACUCUGUUUUAAGUGCUUGUGACAUUCUUUGUAAUUGCUUCUGAUAACCGCAUUCUCUGGUUUAGUGCAUGCUUUCACAUCAGUCCCAAGCUGUUGCAGUUGUCAGGAGUCGCCUGUGUUACAAUGUGUUGUCUUUCAAUUCAGUUCACCAUCCUAAAUCACCCUAUUACUAAUUAAAACUGUUUCCCCACAUGAA